UUGAUAGAAAGCAUAAAUAGCUUCGCAUGAUGGCACUGAUGGAUUUCAGGUCCAGGGAGACUUGUCAUGGCGACAAGCACCUCCUUCCUGCCGUCGGCCGCUUCGCUGCUCAUCCUCAGAUCGACGUCCGCAUUGCGCCUCUCCAUUGCCUCGCCUUCUCACAAACAAUGUCCACCAUGCCCAGCUCCCGCCGAUGCCACUGUCGUUCGCGCUGCAUCGUACAGGCAGGCGCGCGAGCCCUGGGGACCGGAGGAAUCGCCAAACGUGGCUUCUGAUUGGCUCUCCCAGGAAAAUGUCUCGCGAAGGCCCGGCGAACAGGGCGAGAGGCAGCGCAGCGGAAAGAGUGCGGAGGGACAGCCGGGCAGGGGGAGUGGGAAGAAGAAAGCCCCGCGGAAUCAGGAGGGUAAGGAGAAUGGGAAGGCGGAAGUUCCGAUAAGAAACGACAGGAAAGGGUUUCGACGAAGACGGGGUUUUAAGUGGAAGCGGAAUAUCGAGGGGGAGGGCACAGCACCAGAUGGCGUAACAAGCACAGGGGAUGGGGUCAGCAGCAGCAGCAGCAGCAGCGGCGGCGGCAGAAGCAGUGGCAGCAGCAGUUUCAGCGGCGGGGAGAGGAAAACGAGAUCGGAUUCCAAAGCUUCACUGCCCAUAAUCUCCGUAUUUAAUGGGAAUGCUGCAGGCAGGGAUUUAAGCGAUGAUGAAAUCGAGGAGUGGGAGGACCUGCACGGGCCAGUCGGAUUCGAGUUCGGGGCUGCUGACAGCCGCAUCCGAGGUGGCAACAGCAGCAGGAGUAGCAGCAGUAGCAACAGCAGCGGAAGCAGCGGCAGCAGCAGCAUUGGAUUAGACGGAGCGGUGCUGAUGGGUGAUGAGGGGUUGCAAGGCGAUAGGGUCCGUGAACCGAUGCGACUGGGAGAAGCUGGAGAAAAUGACAUAGAUGAUGUGUGGACACAUGAAGAGGCUCUUACAUGGGGUGAUGCCGGGAGGGCUGACUGGAGCGACACAGAGGAGUGGGGAGGCACUGAAGAGUGGGGGAACGGAGCCGAGUGGGGAGACAAAGAGAUGAGGAUGAACAGAGAGAAGUGGGGGGACACGGAGGAAUUGAAGGAUCGAGAGGAAUGGGGAGACACGGAGAAGUGGAGGGGAGGAGGGGACCGUGGGGGGGCAUUGGAGGCCAAAGCACAGUCCCAGGUGCGCAGCGAAGGCUCUGACCUGCCGGGUCUUGUGUUUGCGGAUCAGCGAGGCGACCUCGGGCAAGAAGAGCAGCACGCGGGGCUGCCAUAUGCCGUGGGGCUGGCGUCCGUGCAGCAGCCGCUGGACCUGCUGUGGGAGGAGGAGCUCAUGGGGGAGGAGUGGCAGGGUGGGGGGGAGAGGGCGGGGGAGGGCGUGGGGACGACGAUGGGAUUGGAGAGCGUAGGGGAGAGAUUACGAGAGGAGGGAGGGGAGAGGGAGGGGGGUGGGAGGAAGAAGAGGGAGAAGGUGAUGAAAACGAGAGUUGUUGAUCUGGGCAGGUUGAAGGAGAAGCUAGAAAGGUUUUGCGAGGAGCAGGGGCUGGAGCCGGGCACUAUGCCAACGAGGGGGAUUUUGCGGGCAGCCCGGCGAUCGGACAUUGAAAAGGAUAUUCAGUUUGCAGGGGGCGUGCAUGCUGUUGCACUGAGGCUCAGCGUGCAAGUGGCAAGGAAACCAAGAGGCUACUGGGAUGAUCCAGCGAAUCUGAAGCAAGAGGUGCAUCAGUUUCAGGCGGAGUUCAACCUGCCAAGCAACAAGAUGCCGUCACGCAGACUUUUACAGAAGCACGGGAGAGGGGACUUGGCAAGGACAUUUGAAAAAUGGGGAGGAUUGCAUGAAGUGGCGCGGAUGCUUGGUCUCACCCCUAGAUUCAAACAACCUCGCAAGCCAAGAUCAGACAAAGCAGUUGCUGCUGGUACACAAUCGGAUGGAAAUAUGGAGUCUAAAGUGACGUCUGGAGGCAAGGCCUUAGAAGAUGAGACGGAGGGGUCGUCGUCAGACAAAAGAGAGAAAGUGAAGAAAGAUUAUCCAAUCAAGGCUGCAGUGCCUAACAAGUCCAAGAAAUGGUACUCCAUUACAAUUGAGGAGACUAGUGAUGAGGAGACUGAGUUGUAGGUAUUUAUUUUCAUUAAGUGAUCAAUGCUGGUUUAGGGUGUAUCAAAUGCUUACCAGCAAGAAUUCCUCUC